GGCACGUAUAAACAUAUUUCGGUUCCGCGUUCGUUCGCCAUUUCUGACAUCGGUUAUUUGUCAAAUGCACGACUUACGUUUCGAAUAAGAUUACGUGUGUGAUUUCUAAUUUGUGCAAAAUGGACAUGAGUAUUUAUUUAACGGCACCCUUACAACUGCAAAAGAUCUGCAGGGCAUGUUUAAGCGAAAAGGGAGAUAUGCGACCUUUGUUUGGGGCUUGCUUAGACGAAAUGCUCGUAUCGUUUGCCGCCAUUCAGGUUGAAGAGAAUGAUGGAUUACCAAACCUCAUGUGUGUUCAAUGUGUCUUACAGUGCAGUCGGGCGUAUACAUUCAAACAGCUUUGUGAAAGGUCUGAAAAUAUCCUGAGGCAGUACAUUAGUACAGAUUUUCAGGAGCAGCUCACAAAAUCUUUACUUGAUCAACAAACGAAGGAGGAACUAGAAGAGCAACUAAACUUUGACCCCCAGCCAAAUGAAACGGUAAUUACUGAUGCAAUUCCAGCAGAAUUGGUCAAUGUGAGUUACAUAGAGGAUGGCACAUACAAAAUUGAAGUGAAAGGGGAAAUUUUUGUUACCGAAGAUCCACUAGAGAAUGUGACUGCUCAAACAAAUGAAAAGAUUUCAAAGCAGAAGUACCCAUGUUCUAAGUGUGAUGAAUCAUUUCCAUUGAAAGUCGAUCUGAAGGUGCACAUGAUGAGCCAUCCGAAGGAGUUGGAUCAUGUAUGUCACGUGUGUAACAAGGGUUUCCCAGAGGCGCGUAUCUUAAAGCGUCAUCUCAAAAUUCAUCUGGAUAAGAAACCUCAUCAAUGCGAUCAGUGUGAUAUGUCAUUUGCCGAGAGCUCGAAUUUAAGUAAGCAUAAGAAGAAACAUACGGGCGAGUUGCGAAACAUUAAGGGAAAACCACAUCUGUGUUCUGUCUGUGGGAGAGCAUUCAAAUGGGCAUCUAGCCUUUCAAAACAUAUGAAAUAUCAUACAGGACAUAAGUUGCUUACGUGCAAGUACUGUAGUAAGCAAUAUGUCGAAGCUAGAAGUUUACGCAUUCAUGUUAGAUCUCACACGGGAGAGAGGCCUUACGUUUGUGAUAUCUGUCAAAAAAGUUUCACGCAGGUGUGCAACCUCGAGAAGCAUCUACGAGUGCACACAGGGGAAAAACCGUUUUUGUGCCCCACAUGCGGGAAAGGAUUUACCCAGUCGGGUUAUGUGGGAAUCCACAUGCGCACUCACACAGGCGAACGUCCUUACAUCUGCACAACUUGCGGAAAAGCAUUUGCCGGGUCAAACACUUUAGCAAUACAUCAACGCAUCCACACCGGUGAGAAGCCAUACAAUUGCAACUUGUGUGGGAAAUCUUUCAGUCGCCAUGAGACGCUAGUGAUACACACCAGAUCGCACACCGGGCAUAAGCCGCACAUUUGCUCGGUGUGUAAUAAGGGAUUCACUUCAUCUGGACAUUUAUCAGGACAUAUGCGGACACAUACCGGUGAAAAACCACACGGGUGCGGGAUCUGUGGAAAGAGAUUCGCCGGUUCAAGUAGUCUCAAAGUGCACAUGCGCGGACACUCGGGUGAAAAGUCGUUCGUGUGUAAAUUAUGCAAUAAAAGCUUCUCGCAAUCGAGCUCAUUGCAACAACACAUUAGUACACAUACGAUUGUUGCGAAAUCGAAACUCUCCAAAGUAGAAACGGUUCAAGUUACGGAAAUAUUGGAUGGUACUACAGUGCACACGGUUCAGGUUCAGGAAAUUAGUUCGAUAUAAUCAUUUUCUUUUUAGGAUCAUAGCAACUAGUCAUUUAUUUAGUAUUUUGACAUUGUAAAAGGCCUAUUAAACUGUUGCGUUA